AUGGGAAUUGCCGAUUAUCUGGUUGAGUUCUUAAACUCACUGGAUCCACAACGAGCUCCCCCUCGUUGCCUUCGAUUGAAAAUGAGCGCUCCAAUCAUGCCUCUGCAGACCUUUUCCCAACCGAAGCUGUGCAGUGGUACAAGAAUUGUUGUGAAGAAAUUAACGAGAAAUAUCAUAGAAGCCACAAUAAUUUUUGUCUUUGGAAAAGGUGAAGAUAUAUUUAUGCCUCACUUAAGUUUAACACCUUCAAAUAUUCGCAUCGAAUUCAAACGACUUCAAUUUCCAAUACGCACUUUUAACGACAAGGCUCAAUUUUGUACCCCUGCCUUACUUAAAGCAGUUUAUACAGAUAAAGUUAUCUACAUUGAUUGCAUUCAAUCUUAUUCUACCUUUAGUAAGGGAGACAUGAAAUCUAGCUGUAAGGAUAUAAACGAUAUCAGUUUUAAUUUAUACACCAACUCCAAACAGAGGAAGGGAGAUAACCGUUAUUUAAACCCCUUUUUUCAGUCUAAAGAGAAAGCUAAAUUACGUUAA